CUGAGCGAUGAUAAUGAUGAUGACGGUGAUGAUGGUGGUAUGGUGUGACAUACUGACUGGCAGCAGGAUUUGCUUCAGGUGGCUCAUUUUUCUCAUCGAUAUGGCAGCAUACAUUAGUCAGGUUUGAGUAGCAAAAAAAAGGUGAAAAUUGAAAAGGUUCAAGUAGUGGCUGUUACGUUAGAUUUUUGGAAAAAUGGCAGUCUGAAAGCACUGUGUGCUAGGAUUUGAAGUGACAAUCUUUCACGUUGCAAAGAGCUUUGCAGGAGUUAAAAAUUAGAAAACUUUCGACUGAUUUAUCUGCACAAAGUGGACCGCAAAAUUGAAAAUGAAUUGAUUGACUGUGAGUUGAGUCAGCGUAAUAGUUAGAAAUGCAUUAAAAUUGUUACAAAAAUCUGGAUUUGGAUAGCUUAGGAAGCUAAAGGUCCCCCGUUGCCAAGAUGUCCAUGGAUGGUUCGAGUUCUUUCGUGGGAACCUGGGAGAUCAUCGAGUCUUACCUGGAUGGCACUACGGACAAACUUGGAAUGGAUGGGGUAAAAUUCCGGCUAGACGAGAUGGGCGACAUCAUAUGGUACAAUGACCUGAUCAGCACGAACCAAAGCAGCUCCGACGACGCUCAGAAGAUGUCCAGCUUUGAGUGUGGUUUCUGCCCGAUCAACGAUUCGGCCGUUGUGCUGUUCAGCUGCGAAACUUUUGAAGUCAUCGAGCUGAGCUCCAACGGACCGGGACUGAUCUUCGGUGCCUACACGGGUCACAGCAUUGAAUUCCGAACGAACUCCUACAAUCCGACGGAUCGUAUGUCGCUCAAGUGUGACGGGUGGUGCCAGCUGGUUUGCAAGCGAGUCAUGGAUGAUCAAUCCGUGGGUCAGGAGAUUCCAUUUACGCUGCUGUCGGUGCUGGAUGAUGGGAACUUUUGUGAUGUGACGCUUAAGAGCUGUGAAAACGUUAUAUACAACGUCCACUCACCGAUACUACGCCUGAACGGGUUCGACUGCAGCAGUAUGGCGGCCGCCACUACCUACCAGCACAUAGCCAGUCGGUUCGAGACGGCUUCUACGGCGGAGCGACCUCAUUUACCAUUGAUGAAAGUAUCGUCGGUCCCCUGUACACAGUCACCCCGGACCUCGACCCAACAUAUCAAUCAGCGGCCCAGUCCUGCAAUGACCAAUAACUUUCUACUUCCACCAACGCUAGAUGUAUACAACCUCUCUCCAAAGCUGGUCAGCAAUAUCUCCAAUUCGUUCAACUGCCUAACCUCAAAUGUUUCCAUUCUGCUGGAUGUCCCGGAAAGAAACCGUGUAUCGGCAUCGGACUCCAAUCUUAAUUCGGACCGGAACAUUUUUUCCUUCCCCACCCCUAGCAUCGCUGUUCCCAGUCUGGAUCCUUUUCAGCGAGGAAAGAUCAAACCACCUUCCUCCCCCUUCCGAACAAGAAGUCCUUCCCUUUUCCCAUGUUCCUUAGAUACUCCACCGUCAUCUCCACUGACUCCACUGACGGUACUGAACAACAUUCCCUCGAAAAUGUUAACCACCAUCCUGCACUGGCUGUACUGUGAAUGUCUUCCGGAGGAUUUGGACGAGGAAACGUGCUCAAAUUUGAUAGCGAUGUGCGAGAGUACGACUCCGCUGAGUAGAAUGACUGAACCGUGUAAGAACUAUUUGCGGAACAUUAAACUGAAAAAGUUUGUCAUCGACAUCGUUAACGAUCUGCACGAGAGCCUGAAUCGUAUGAUUCAGAUGGUGAAUCCAAACACGAUUUCGCACAGUCCCUGUGUACUGUAUCAGGUGUUUAAGGAGGGAUUCAAAGAAACGCUUACAGGAAUCAUCAAACUGCUCCAGUUCUGCAACAUCUUCACCAAGGAUGCCACCACAUUUACACGACACCAGCGACACGAAAUCAUAAAGUAUGUACGAUCCCGGAUGCCGAUUUUUCUGUCGCAAACUCAUCAGCUACUGCAGAACAUCAACGUGGUGCUGUGCAGUUUGACGGGCGAGGAGAAAAACGAUCUGGUGUCCUAUCUGGUGCCGGAGAUUACCUACGUGCUGGAGGUGCUUACGUCGGCCAUUUCGGAGAUCAAAAAUUCGCUGGAGAAGGUUUGCAAGGAUCUCAAAUCAACACACACCGCGGACUGUCGCAGCAACGGAAAUGGCUCGGCGAGUGGUACACGCGAAGGACGACCACCGCCGGUACGAACGCGCACACGAAGUUCCAGCGGAUAUCCCGGUAACAGUCUGUAUCAUGGACCACCGAGUCCCUCGGCCGCCGGAGAAUCUCGGCUCAAGCCAAACUCCGAAAAUGAUUUGAAGUUCUUCCUGUACAUGUACGAGGUGAAGAAAAUGCGGGACAUCUAUGGACGGGUGGCCAGUGCUUUGGAAGUGAUACUCCAUAAGAGAGCGACAUUCAUCGAGAUGAACGAUGUGUAUCAACAUCAAACUGUGCGGACGAACCUGGAUCAGCUAAUUCUGGAAGUGCCAAUUUUAAUCGCUAGACUAGAAGAAUUAUGUGAUACCAUUGACGAGAAGAUCGGGUGGAAGGAAUUUAAAUUUUGCUUCAAGUUUUUGACGAGUCAGGUGAAUGGGAUCAUCUCGAAGUUGUUGGAGCAUAAGGCUGCCUUAAACGAUGCGAUGUUUUCUGUAUCCAAACUGGUGCAGAAGGAACAGUUCACACGUGCCAUGUUAGAGUUAGGUCUGUUGGAGAGUCGUUGUGUGGAUUGCAGUGGUUUCGGAGAUCCCCGACCUUGCCCUAAUCGAUACCUCGAUUACAGUGAUACGAAGUUGAACCUAGUGCAAAACCUCUGCGAACCUCCGGUAGCACUACACAGCAGCCUGUCGAAGAACGCGCUGAAAUUGCUACACUCGGGUCAACUGGCGGACAUGGAGUUUGAAGUGGUAGUCUCGCCAACUGAUUGUCAGAACGAGAAUAUCGUAUCAGUGUUCGACUUUAGCCCGGAUGAUGCGCUGCUGUCCAAUAGUACGGGCGGAACAAGCUGUGAAACUCCCGUACGGAAUCAAUCGCAUACAUUUAAGGCUCAUCGGGUUAUUGUGGCGGCACGCUGUGAGUGGUUCAAGAAAGCUCUGCUCUCGGGGAUGCAGGAGGAAAUCAAUAGGAAAAUUGUUAUCCACGAUACGUCACCGGUGAUAUUCCGGAGAAUGUUACUCUAUCUGUACGGGGCACCGGUUGAUAAGUCCGUUGGCGUUGACCAGAUAUGUGAACUUAUGCUACUAGCCGAUCGCUACUCCGUGGACAAUCUCAAAGAUAUCUGUGAGAAUACACUGAUCGCGUCUAUUGAUGGAGAAUCGAUCAUCUAUUUACUAGGGAUUUCGGACCGAUUCAACGCAUCCACGCUGAAGACCAGUUGCUUGUCGUACGUUUCCCAGCAUACGGAACUCACUAAGCAACCGAUUUUUAACGAACUUCCCGGAUAUCUUCAGAACGAAGUCCAGGAUCUAAUCAAAUGGUGUGGCCGCGUUCCGGAACCCUGGUCCGACCGAUCCCGGCGCAGUUUCAAAAGUCCAUCUCGCUCCAAAUCGUCUCGAUCAAGAAAAUCUUCCCCCUCCUUCAUGUGACAAUGAUGCGCAGUGAUUGCAGUGGACCAGGUGCGCUUUUUAGCUCGAUGCGAACAACUGUGAUGUGAUCGACGGAGGAGAGGCCCAGUGAAUUGAAUGAUGAGUCAGCUAGCGUGAGCCGGGCAAUGAAAAUUGUUGCUAUGUAGAUAGUGAUUGAAAUUUAAACAUUUGUUCGAAGCCCCCCCCCCCCCCAAUUAUCACCUCUUGAUCGUCGUCCGUUGCACACUACUACUACUUGCUCUGAGUUUCCGAAUCAGGCUGGAUCCCGAACUGGAAGAUAGGGUUCCGGUUCUUCAAAGUCCGAUACGAUACAGCAUAUAGAAGACACUAUCUUACAUCAACCAAAAUCAAGUUACGGCCUACGUUCCAAUAGUAGUAACAUGCUUACCCACUUGAAGUAUUUAAAUAUACCAAAACCAAAUCUGAAAUAACUCACCGGGUGUAGACAAUGUGAUACAUGAAAGCCAUACGGUAAAAGUGCCAACAAGUUGGAAGUUUGCUUUUUUUCUGGGUGACGUUUGACAUUAUGCGUGUGUUUUCCAAUAAUCGAAAAUGUUGUUUGUUUUUGAUGGUUAUUCUGAUGUGUUACCAAUUGCAAAAUGUCAUAAAUUUAAAUUUCUUCUAAAUUUCACAAUUUAAGAGAACAUUUCCGAAAUUGUCUGUUAAAUUUAAACUAUACCUAUGUCAUUUACCAAGUAACGAUUGAGGUUUUAUUACACUCUUGAUGCCGCUCUUAUCACUUAGAUUGUACUUGUAGUGCGCUAUAAAACCUUGAUUGUUAGUUGAGUUUGUAGGACUUUUUCUGUUGCAGUGCAAACCACUCCAGUUCUAUUUUAAAAUUUCGUCAGAAUUUCAUAGUUCUUCCUGAAUUGAAAAAGUCUAUGGUAACGAGUAGGCACGGCAUGCACCUCUCUCUCUAAUCUGCGACUUUCAUGUACAUAAAACAACGCCGUCAUAGAUUGAACAAGGAAUUACCAAAUCGAUGGAGGUAUGAGUGUCACUUUAAUUAUACUAUUUUAAAUGUUGAACAAAAUAAAAUUCGAUUCU